UGCAGGUUUGCCAUAACGUGCUCCACUUCGGCCCGGGUCUCUUAUUACGGCUUAGUUGAAAUAACAUGUUGAUCAUGCAUCUCGAUUCAUAGCUAGCUGGUGCAAUAGUGCUUCGUUUCAACACAACAGGGAUUCUCAGGCUAUACAGCACACAAAAUUUAGAUUCAUCAUGAUCUGUUUGCAAGGUUCUGUUACAUCAUGGACUCUUUCUUUUUUUCUACUAUAUCUGAGUAUUUCUGCAAAUUCUGGGACUUACUUGCUUCAGAGUGUAUUUACUGAGUAUCAGUCAUCAUUUCCCAUGAUAGAGAAAGCUGCAUCUCAGAAGAAGAAUGAAGAUCAGUAUAUGCAGGAAACAGCAAAGCCAGACACGAGCCAGACUUCCAAUCUUGGUGGAGGAGCAUUUUUCACCAAUAUUCUUUCUCAUGUUUUUAGUCUAUUAAACAUUAAAGAGGUAAUGGACAGUAUCAAACUUGGGAAAACUUCUCCUGCAGCUUGUUUUGUCUGUAAGUUUGGGGUUUCUAUGUUGCAUCACUUGAUGGCUCAAGGCAGAAGUAGCGAAGAGCUUUCAACACUGGCAUUAAGUAUUUGUAAAACACUGAAACUGGAAAGUGAAAGAGUAUGUUAUGGAGUGGUUGAAAUUUUCAAAGAUGAUAUGCUGUAUGUAUUUCAGAAUACUGAUCUAAGCCCUCAUGAAGUAUGUGGUGUGAUGCUUGGUUAUACCUGUUCUCCAGUUCAUCACAUAGACCACAACUGGACAUUGCCUUUGACCCCUAAGACCAAACCUCCUUUGAAAUCAAAAGUCAUGCCUAAGCCUUUAGCACCCGUGGUCCAUGUCCUCCAUCUCUCUGAUUCUCAUUUUGAUCCAUACUAUAAGGAAGGUAGCAAUGCUGAAUGUGGGGAACCGUUGUGCUGUAGAAUCACUAAUGAACCGGCAAGCCAUCCAAGCAAAGCUGCAGGAAAAUGGGGAGACUACAGAAACUGUGAUAUGCCAUUAAGAACAUUAGAGAGCAUGCUUAAACACGUAACUGAUAACCACAAAAUUGAUUAUGUUAUCUGGACAGGGGAUAUUCCUCCUCAUGACAUAUGGAAAUCAACUCAGUCAGAACAGAUAUAUAUCUUACGAUCUGUGACUCAGUUGAUGCGUAAAUACCUUAAAAAAGUUCCAAUUUUUCCUGCUCUUGGAAACCAUGAAAGUGCUCCUGUUGACAGUUUUCCACUCCCUGAGCAAAGUGGCCAUCAUUCUAUCUCUUGGCUCUAUGAUGAAUUAGCUAAAUUGUGGUCACCAUGGCUUCCUAAAGAUGCUAGAAAUACUAUUGAAAAGUUUACAAUUAGACCCAAGAAUCCACUUAGUAAAACAACAUUGAUUUAUCCAAAAGUUUCAAUUCUUAAAGAAUGGUGGCUUUUAUUAAACUCUACUGACCCAGCAGAAGAGUUACAAUGGUUGAUUCAAGAACUACAGACUGCAGAACUGCAGGGAGAAAAGGUUCACAUCAUUGGACACAUUCCACCUGGGUCUGGAAACUGUAUUCAAGUAUGGAGUCACAACUAUUAUCGCAUCAUUAAUCGGUUUGAAAACACUGUGGUAGCUCAGUUUUUUGGUCACACUCACAAUGAUGAAUUUGAAGUGUUUUAUGAUGAAAAAACACUGGAUCGACCCACAAAUAUUGCAUACAUUGGACCUAGCGUAACAACAUAUGGUGGUGGUAAUCCUGCCUACAGAAUAUACACUGUGGAUGGAAACUAUCCCAGAAGCUCAAGGGCUGUGUUAGACCAUGAAACAUACUACCUAAAUAUAACUGAAGUAAACUUGACUGACAGACCAAUGUGGGAGAAGAUGUAUUCUGCAAAACAAGCCUUCAGAAUGAAAGCACUUUUCCCAUCAGACUGGGAUGACUUGAUCCAGCGCUUUGAAGUAAAUGAUGCUCUUUUCCAGAAGUUUUAUAGAUACUUCAACAAACUGAGUGACUUCUACAACAAGCCAUGUGUUGGUGCAUGUAAAGCAGAGAUACUGUGCAACCUCAGGUCUGGGAGGUCCCAUGACCCUGCAUUAUGUAAAAGAACUAUAUGAAAAGUGUGUACUCUAAGGUGCUGAAGCAGAUCUCACUUUCUUGGACAAAGCUAGAACUAAGCUUACAUGCUUAGAAAUCUAAGCUAUGUUUAAUAUAUUUAAUAAAUGCCAGACUAUUUAUAUUUAUAAUAUUAACAAUGAUGUGUACCGAGUACUUGAAAAAAAUUUUCAAGAAUGAGUUGAGUUUUUAUUUUCUUAUUAAGUUAUAAAAAAAUGUAAACUAUUUAUUAAUAAAACAGUCAUAUCAGAGAAACUGUAAGACUCAUCCCUCUCGACUACCGUACCUGUGAGAUUUGGCUUGGUUAUGUUGUAUGGCUUACUGGAAGGUUUUAAGAUGUAUAUUAUUAAGAAUUAGAAACUUUAGAAGUAGUUCAAUAAGUAUUAAUGGAUUUAAAACGUUUUAACUAAUUUUGUUUUAAUUUGGUUCAGGUUAUAUAUUAAGAUAUUUAUUUUUUAUUAUCUAAAUUGUUGAAUUAAAGACCUAUCUGUCUUAUUCUUUAUUUCACACACAUAAUAUUAUUUGGUUUAGAUAUUAAUCCUUGAUAA